CAGACUGUGUACAGUGAUUCGCGGGCUAAUCUUCCAGUGUUUUUCGGAGAGUUUGGGCAUCCGAUUCCUGAGACUGAGAAUCGGACUGAGUUCGCUCUCGACCUCAUUCGAGAGCUCGAGGAAACCCCAGGUGGAACUAAGAGCUUGGUGGAAUUCAACAAAUCAUGGCAGAUCACCAAGAACCAACAAAAACAACGAGCAAACCAAAACAACUUGAUGAUCAACUCCAAGUGCAAGCCAAAGCUUUCUCUCAAAGAUGCAAUUAGUGCAAGCAUCUCAAGAGGCAAACUAGUCUCCGGAGCACCAAAUGACUCGAACCUCUCCUCCUCAGUCCCCACAUUUGCCAACCCUUCUUGGAUUGAAAUGGCAGUCAUCUCCAAACGCUCCCUCACAAACUCCCGAAGAAUGCCCGAACUCUUCGGCAUUCGCCUAGGCGCUGUCCUCGUCACGGGCAUCAUCCUAGCCACCAUGUUUUGGCACCUAGACAGUUCCCCAAAAGGCAUCAAAGAGCGCUUAGGGUUCUUCGCAUUCACCAUGUCCACUACAUUCUACACUAGCGCUGAGGCCAUCCCCAGCUUCCUCCAAGAACGCUACAUUUUCAUGCGCGAAACCGCAUACAAUGCCUACCGCCGGUCCUCAUACGUCCUAGCUCAUUCCCUAAUCUCCAUUCCCUCCCUAGCCUUCCUCUCCUUAACCUUUGCCGCCACGACCUUCUGGGCCGUGGGGCUCGCUGGCGGGCUCCAUGGCUUCCUCUUCUUCUUUUUCACUAUUUUCGCGGCCUUCUGGGCCGGAAGCUCAUUCGUCACGUUCCUGUCAGGCGUCGUGACACAGGUCAUGUUGGGGUACACAGUUGUGGUGGCAAUUCUAGCCUACUUCCUACUCUUUAGUGGAUUCUUCAUAAGUAGAGAUAAAAUCCCACCCUAUUGGCUUUGGUUUCACUACAUGUCCCUAGUCAAGUACCCAUAUGAGGGUGCUUUGCAAAACGAGUUUGAUGAUCCAAUCAAGUGCUUCGUGACGGGCACCCAGAUGUUCGACAACUCACCACUAGGAGCCUUCCCGGUGGCGAUGAAGUUGAAGCUUCUCAAGAGCAUGAGCACAACUUUGGGCGUGAACAUCACGGCGUCCACCUGCGUGACCACCGGAGCAGAUAUACUGAAGCAACAAGGGAUCACGGACCUCAAUAAAUGGAGUUGCUUGUGGAUCACCAUUGCUUUGGGGUUCUUCUUUAGGAUUCUCUUUUACCUUACCUUGUUGUUGGGCAGUAAAAAUAAGAGGAGGUAAAAAAGAGAGGAGGAAUUGUGAAAUAUUUCAGUCACAGCCAUGUAAUUCUGUAGUUGUACAAAACUUCUCUGAUCAUUAUUUGCUUAUUGAUUUUCAGUGUCUAA